CGCCGUCAUUUCCGGCCCUGGCUGUACUAGGCGGAGUGGGUUUCAAGUUCGGAGGUGUGAGGGGCGGUAGUCGAGAUCUUCUUUCUAGAGACUUAUUUGGCAUUCAGGAGCAAUCAGCAUUGGCAGAUAGGAUGGUGGCUGGCUGUCCUACAAAUUAUUAUCAGGAGUUAGUGAGCUUUGAUGAUGUGGCCAUGGCCUUCACCCAAGAAGAGUGGUCUUCACUGGACCCAACCCAGAGAAACUUGUACAGAGAUGUGAUGCUGGAGAACUACCAGAACCUGGCCACCACAGGAUGUGCGGUUGUCAAACCGGGCCUGAUCUCUUGGUUGGAACAAGAAGAGUUUAGUACAGGCCAGAGGACAGUUUCCCAGCAAUGGGAAAUGAAGCCUGAGACCAAAAGUUCAAUGCCUCUACAUGGACAUUUGAGGGGUUAUAUAGCCAAUGAGACACAAAUGGUAGGAAGCCAUGAUGAAGUGUUGCUCAGUGACUCAAAGCAAUAUGGAGAAUUUGUCAAUGAACUGUCAUACCUGAAGACACACUUGAAGACCCAGAGUACUUAUGGUUGUGGUCAGUAUGAGGAAGAUGUCCUUAUUCUGCACAAGAAAACCUCUACUGGUCAGAAACUUCUUGAAUUUAGUAAGAAUGGAGAAAUAUGUAUGAUCCCAAGUAAUAUUUACCAGAGAAUUGCCACAGGAGAGAAAUCCUUUGAGUUCAGUGCUUGUGGAACAUCCUUCAUUAAUCAAGCACACUUUCAAGCACAUAAGAUAACUCGUAAUGGAGAUAGACUUUAUGAAUGGAAUGAGUAUGGGAGAACUUUUUUAAAUUCAAGACUUGCUGUGCUUGUAGAAACCCUCAAUGCAGAAAAACCUUAUAGAUGUAAGGAAUGUGGGAAAGGCUAUAAAUACCCAGCAUAUCUAAAUAUUCACAUGAGAACACACACUGGUGAAAAACCCUAUGAAUGUAAGGAAUGUGGGAAGUCCUUCAAUUAUUCCAAUUCAUUUCAGAUACAUGGAAGAACUCACACUGGAGAGAAACCCUAUGUUUGUAAGCAGUGUGGGAAAGCCUUCACUCAAUACUCAGGUCUUAGUAUACAUGUAAGAUCUCACAAUGGAGACAAGCCUUAUGAAUGUAAAGAAUGUGGGAAAGCCUUCCUUACAUCCUCACGACUCAUUCAGCAUAUAAGAACUCACACUGGAGAGAAGCCUUUUGUGUGUGUCAAAUGUGGAAAAGCCUUUGCUAUUUCUUCAAAUCUUAAUGGACAUUUGAGAAUGCAUGCUGAAGAGAAGGCCUGUGAAUGCAAGAUAUGUGGGAAAGUAUUUGGAUAUCCUUCAUGUCUUAAUAAUCACAUGCGAACUCACAGUGCCAAAAAGUACAUAUGUAAGGAAUGUGGGAAGGCUUUUAAUUAUUCCACCCAUCUUAAAAUUCACAUGCGAAUCCAUACUGGAGAAAAACCCUAUGAGUGUAAACAGUGUGGGAAAGCCUUCAGUCAUUACACUUCAUUUCAAAUCCAUGAAAGAACACACACUGGAGAGAAACCCUAUGAAUGCAAGGAGUGUGGUAAAGCCUUCAUCUGCCCAAGUUCCUUUAGAAUUCAUGAAAUAAGUCAUACUGAGGAGAAACCCUACAAGUGUCAGCAUUGUGGAAAAGCCUAUGGCCAUCCUCGUUCACUUAGAAGACAUGAACGAACUCACAAGUGAGAAAUCCUAUCAAUGUAAGGAAUGUGAGAAAGCCCUUAUAUGCUCCAAUUUACUUUGAGGACAUGACUAAACUCAAGAAUGAGGAGGGGGAUGGAGAGAUGGCUUAGCAGUUAAGUCACUUACCGGUAAAGCCAAAGGACCCAGGUUCAAUUUCCCAGUACCCAUAUAUAGCCACUGUAUAAGGUGGUGCAUGCAUCUGGAAUUUGUUUACAGUGGCUAGAGGCCCUGGUGUGCCAUUCUUUCUCUCUCUCCUAUCUUCUCUCUCUCAAAUAAAUUUUUUAAAAUGAGGAGAAAUUCUACAGUAUGUACUUAGCUAGAAGCAUUGCUGUCUGCCAGCUACACAGGAAUCUGAGGCUGGAGGGUCAUAGUUCCAGGCCAAACUGGAUAACAUAAAAAGACUAAAAGUCAAGAAAGUCAAGAGGAACAAAAAAUGAGUCUAUUAGAGAAGAAGCCUAACAUAUAAGUGGUGCCCUUAUAAGGGAAAGAUGCAGCAGGGAUGUACACAGAAGACAUGGGAAAGAGGGAUGCAUACAUAGAAGAUAUGGUGUGGUACUUUGAAUGGAUGUCCCUCAAUAAAUUCAGGAGUUUCAUUUCAAGCUAGUAACUUGAUGUCACUGUGAGUGGAUACUAUAGUCCUGUGCCAAGGUGUGUUUGGAAGUGGAUCUGAAUUUCAGCCAAAGAUAUGCAAAGUGCUUGAGUUCUGCCUGGGGUUCCUAGAGUAUGCUUGCUUUGGGGUGGUGGUUGCCUUUUCUCUCUGUUUGGAUGGCCAGCUUCUGUGAUUAUGGAACUUCCCCUGGAUCUGUAAGCUUCAAAUAAAUCCCAUUCUUCCCAUAAA